CAGCAGCUAGCUUGUCAGACGAGACAGCAACAGCGAGUAUUCUUUGAGGAAAUACAGAAAAAAAGACAAACAUACAGUCACUGGGGAUUGGAAAACGCCACGGACUUUAUCGAAGUGAAUAUGCUGUAGCAGAAUGGGAUUACCAGCACUAACUUGUUUUGGGUGGUACAUCACAAGGACGUAGCUCAGUUUUAGCCCUCAGAACAAGGAGCCAUAAACUCCAUGCAUCGUGUGAAGUCACUUACUCUCCAGAAACUGCACAUUGCACUCAAAAAGAGACACAUAAAGGACAGACAUGUUUGCCAAGUUGAAGAAGAAGAUCGCAGAGGAGGCGGCCACGGCACCCCGGAGUGGUGUUCGUAUACCGCGCACCAUCAGCAAGGAAUCCAUCACCUCAGUGGGAGCAGACUCCGGGGAUGACUUUGCAUCUGAUGGCAGCAGCUCCAGGGACGACCUCCCCGCACAGCUUCUCAGGAGGAAUGAUCAGAUCCGUAAGCUGGAGGCCAAACUAUCAGACUACGCUGAGCAGCUACGAAUUAUGCAGAAGACGAAGGAGAAGCUUGAAAUUGCAUUAGAAAAGCAUCAGGAUUCAUCUAUAAAGAAACUCCAAGAGCAGAAUGAUGCUCACCAGGCCAGCAGAGCCAAAAUGGCAGAGGGGAUGGCUCUAGCACUGGAAAAGAAGGAUCAGGAAUGGAUGGAGAAGAUAAGUGAUGUGGAAAAGGAGAGGGCUUCCUUGUCAGCUCGACUUGAGGAGAUGAUGGAGCAAAGCUUAGCACUCUUCCAGAAAAGGGAUGACCUGGAUGAACUGGAGGGCUUUCAGCAGCAGGAACUCGCUAAAGUUAAACACAUGUUGCUGAAGAAGGAGGAGCAGCUGAACCAGCAGGAUCAGGAGCUCAAGCAAAAGGAGGCUGAAGUUCACUUGGCAAAGCGAGGGCUGUCCGAGGCUCGAGGAAGAUUCCAGACUCUGAAACAGCAGCAUGAGGAGAGCUGCAGACUCAACUCUGAGCUGGAAAUAGAACGAGAGGAGCUGCUGCUGCUCAGAGAGGAGGCAGACAAGAAGGUCAGUGAGCUGGAUGGACGAUGCAAGGAGCUGCAGUCAGUCAUCCAGCAGGUCUCUGAAGACUUCCAGAAGUCGCAGAGGAUGGUGUCGACCUUAGAGACAUCCCUGCAGGAAUUACAGGUUGAACAUGACGCCCUAAAACUGCAACAACAAAAGGCUGCUGUAACUGAGGAGGACAAGGAGCGCUUGUUAGUGGAGCUUCAGAAGAAAGUGACGUCUCUGGAGAGACGGCUACAGGGAAACCUGAGCCAGGACGAGCAUCUACAGGAGCUUCUCCAGGAGAAGUCCAGCCUGGAGCAGAGUCUGGAUGAGAGCAGAGCAGAGCUGCUGCAUGUUCGGACUAACCAUGCUGAUACUGUCAGCUCCUUGGAAACACAGGUAUCCAGAAUGAGCUGCAGCAUUACUGAGCUUCAGACCCUGCUCCGACAUAAAGACGACUCCUCCAGAGCCUACAGAGAGAGAACAGACACGCAAAUAGCUAAUUUAGAGCAGCAAGUCCUAGAGAGCACUGAGAGACUGACGAGUGCAGAGCAGCAAUACACAGACAAACAGCAGCACAUGGAAAAACUGCAAGGAGAGUGGAGUGCACAGAAGGCCUUUCUGGAGCAGCAGGUGUGUUUGGUAGAGCAGCAGAGUCAGGAGAAGGCCGGCCGCCUGGAGGAAAGUAUCAGCUCUUUACAGACAGAAAGACAGACCCUGCAGGACACCGUGGCUGACCUUGAAAGGCAGAGGGUGGAGGUAAACUCCACUUUGAGCCAGCAGACAGAGGAGCUGGAACAGUGCAGAGCAGAGUUGAGCAGUCGGCACACAGUGAGCACGGAAAUUGCCAAAGCUCUAGAAGAAACCAGACGACAGAAGGAGGAUCUGCAAACACUGGUUGGAGAGCUGAGCACAUCUCUACAGAGCUCACAGCAGGACCUAUCCACAGUCACAGAGAAGCUAGCACUGAGAGAGGAGGACAUGAAGACACUCCAGAAUGAGGUGCAGUGUCGGCAGGCAUCCCUGGUCCAGCUGCAGGAGGAGGUGCAGCAGCAGCGAGCCCAGCUAGAGCAGAUGGAGCUGGACAAAGACUCCCAGCUGAACAGCCUGAGGGAGGAGCUGCUCAGCCAGACACAGCAGCUGGAUACCUGCCAGGCGCGGAUCUCGUACCUGGAGGUGGAGGUAGAAACCUUGACAGAGCAGCUUCACAGCCCUGAAGUGUGUGAGGAGGAUCAGAAUGGCAGUGUGACGGUGGAUGAUCUGGAUCACAUUCAGAGGGUCAACAGAGAGCUGGAGCAGCAGCUCAGCGACAAGAACAGGACCAUAAAGCAGCUGCAGCAGAGACUGGCAGAACUGAAGAGGACUCUGCAGAAAGAACUGAAGCUGAAGUCUGAGCCAGAAGCUGAAGGGAAGGAGAAGGUUCCAGAGAGCAGAGGAGAAAAACAGGAGAAGGUUUGUCCAGACCCCCCGCCAGCCUCCAUGCCGAGCCCCCCGACCUCCACCACCACGGUGACCAACACCUCAGACCUCAACGACUCACGAGAAAUCAACUUUGAGUAUCUCAAACACGUCGUGCUCAAAUUUAUGUCAUGUAGAGAGGCUGAGGCAUUCCAGCUAAUACGAGCUGUGUCUGUACUGCUUAACUUCACUCGUGAGGAAGAGGACAUGUUAAAACAAACUCUGGAAUACAAGAUGUCCUGGUUUGGAUCCAAGCCUUCUCCAAAGGGCGCCAUCCGCCCAUCCAUCUCAGGCACCUCAGCUCACUGGAGCUGAUGAGCAGCAGAAGGAGCUGAAGCGAUGGAGAGAAAGGAACCAAAGGACCACCUCCGGGAGGAAGAGUCCUGCCGCUGUGGCUCCCACCACUGAGCAGGACUCUAGCUUUAAACUCUGAACAGCCUCCCACAGUUUUCUGGCUCUGUGUGGGAAGGACUGUUGUUUUCUGCUCUGUGGGGACCCAGAAGGGCUGCACAGAGUGCUCAUAAUCAGUUGCUGAUUUUUAAAUGACAUUUCCCUGUCAGCAGGCAGAUGGAUGUUUGACCGUAUGUCUGACACACAUCAUCACACUGGAGUUCCUCCCUGAUGUCACACAGAUCUGGUGGUUUCUAUUCUGUGAAAACAGCAAAAAAUGAGUCAGAAAAUGAGACACAACAGAGGGAAAUAACAUGACUGUUAUCUUAUGAGCUGCAUCAUUUCUACCCAGAAUCAAACCACACAAGUCCCAUCUGUUUGAGUGGGAACAAAACCAAUGUGACUUGAUGGUCCUGUCUUCACUGGACAAAUGGUGCAGCCUUUAUUUCUGAAGGACCUUUUAGCCUGGUUAAUUAUCUGAAAUCUCUCACAGAGGGGUGCAUAAUUGAAAUGUAUUGUUUAAUUUGACAGGUAGAGGUACUAAUGUUGAUUUCUCUUCAGUAUCAGAGAGGGUUUAUUUAAAAGUAAAUGGUUCACAUUUGUGUCAAAGGAUAUAAAUUUGUCUGCAUGUAGAGUUUGAGGCCCUUUAACUGAAUUUGUUCUAAAGUAUGCCUUUCUCUCUACUGGAAUAGCAGUGAAUGUGUUGUCAUUAUCAGCAGAGAUAUUAAUGUCAGCAUUGAAAGGAGCAUUACUGUGUUCUGACUGCCCAGAAAUGCAGUUGGUGUAAGACUACUUAAAACUCAAAAUUAAGCUAGGCCUGUAUCUUUUAUCAAAACAUCCUUGCUCUCAUUUCUCUUUAAAAUGUCAUUUUCAUCACUUUUUUAAUUCACUGUCACUGACAUCACCAUUACAAGAUGGUCAGAGCUACAGCCUAGCUGGCUCUGACUUUUUAAGAUCUGUAACAGUGUAGUAUAUACAUAGUUAAAAUAUCUGUUAAUAGUAUGUCUACUUCACCAGCAAAAUGACUAUUUGUGUAUCCAUUACUUAGAGAAGACCAAAAAAAGGGGAAAAAACAAAGACUGCAAACUAGAUUAUGCUCCCAUAAAUAUUUAAAUCAAUUAUGACAGAAGUGACAUUUCAAUUGAUGAAGAGCAUGUAGCUCAAAACUUCACCUUGGUCGUAAUCAAAAAAAAUAUGUAUGGGAGCAUCAUCUAGUGUGUGGACUUUGUUUAUUCUUUUUCUUCUCUUGCAUUAUCACUUGUUCAGCACCUGGUUUCUGUCACCUGGGUGUGUGUGCUUUUGCGAACUUUUUAUAUCCAUUACUCACCCUGCAUAAUGUCGAAUUUGUGAAAAAAACAACUA